UUGAGCAAAUCAAUUAUCAGAGCAACAAAAGCAAACAAAAUACAAAGAAUAAAACACAAGCUUUUCAAUAAAUUUCAAGAAUAAAAUCAUGAACACCCUAAACAUGAAGUUCGUUGUCGUGGUCGUGUGCAUUGCCUUCUUCGUUGGAACCACCUGGGGCGAUGUGCUCAAAAGCGCCAAAGCCACUGCAGAGGAUGCCAAGGACGCCGCCGCCCCAACGUUCAAAUCUGCCAAGGAAACUGCCCAGGAUGCCACCGCACCCGCUGUUGAUGCCGUUGCUCCCUCUGUGGAAGGCGCAGCCUUAAAGUCUGAGUCUUUUGCUCAGUGGGCUUACGAUAAAAUUUCCGGUGGUUUGGGGUUGAAAUCUGAAGAUGACAAGUCAAAGGUGGUUGAAAAAGAGAAGUUACAAUUCUAAGUAAGAGGAUGCCAAGGCCACUUAGUAAUAGAUUAUGAAGAACUUCAAUUAUGUUGUUAAUGGGAAGUUCUACAGUUACAUGAGAAUCACUGUAACGACUAGUUUUUCUAUUUUUUUCUUUUUCUUUUUCUUUUGGCAUACGGAAAGGGUGGUUGCUUCCUUUUGUUUCAACAACUUUGCCCUAACCUUAGUUCCCAUGUUGGGCUGCCACAACUCUAAUAAUAAAUAUACUUUUUUAUGCUCUUA